AUGGCAGACUUGGAAUUUCUUGCUCUUACCACCAAGCCCUCAGCGCAGCUUAGCUACACCUUCCAGCCUCCCCAGGACACCUCCAAGCCUGUCCUAGUUGUUUUUCUCAAUGGUCUUGGACUGCCUCAAUCCUUGUGGCAGGCGGCUGUUGUCAAGCUGAAAGACAUUCGCAAGGGAAGCCCCAUCCCUGCAUUUCUCACCUAUGAUCGCUACGGACAAGGUCAGACUACCGACCGUGAUCCCUUCGAUGCUGGUGCAGAUGACCCAACACACGGUCAUGACUGUUUGACAGUCGUCCGCGACUUGCAUCAGUUUCUCAUCCAGAUUACCCAAGACAAAUUGGGUGUUACCGAUAUCGACUCGGUCACUCUAGUUCUGGUGGGCAACUCAGUCGGAUGUGCCCUGGCGCGGAUCUAUGCGCACGAAUAUCCGGGAACCGUCACUGCUCUUCUCCUCCUAGACAGCGUACUGGCCAAUUCCGACUUUGUAUCCAUCUUCCCCGACCCCGAUGCCUCCGACUUCAACCCGGCCAGUCUUGGGCCUCUCCCGGUCGAGGCCAUCCACGCCGUGCGGGCCGGUGCCCGUCGCAUGUUCCACCCCGAAGUCGGUAGUAAGGAGGGUCUCAGCCGACGGAACUUGCGCGAGCUACUGCCAGAUAGUGACGGGCCCCUGCUCAAGGGGCCCGAUGGCCAUGGACCGUACGUGACCGUCGUGGGCCAUGACUUUGACACCUUUGCGGAAGAAUCAGCGAAGAUGGGUCCUCCCAAGCCGGUGACAAACCGCUUUGUCAACCCAUACUGGCAGAAGUACAACGAGGGGUUGGCUAAAAUUACUGAGCCGGAGUACAGCAAGGGGCCUCUCCACGCGCCCAAUGCGGGCCACUUUAUACAGAAGGAUAACCCGGAAUUUGUGGCACAGGAACUGAAUGAGCUGUUGAGAAAGGUUCUGUAAACCAUUCUACUAUACGGGUGGG